GCACCGCCCCCGGCCCCCGCCACACCUCCCGUCCCCCCGGCCGUCCCCCCGCUCCCCGGCGGCGCGGCACCCGCUGCCCGGCCGAGCGGCUGUGCCUGCGCCGCCCCGCCAUGGAGCAGGGGCCGGCGGGGGGCUCCGGCCCCGCUGCUGCCGCCGCCGCCGGCGGCACCGGGGGUCUGCUGCUGUCCCUGAGCGAGACCGAGCAGCAGCGCUACUCCGAGCUCUUCUCGCGGUGCUGCCCGCCCCCAGAGGCGGCCGCCGGGGGGAGCAGCGUGGGCGAGCUGUUCCGGGCCUCCCAGCUGCCCCCGGACACGCUGCACCAGAUUACAGAAGUUUGUGGAGCCAAGCGUGUGGGUUAUUUUGGUCCUGCUCAGUUUUAUAUUGCUUUGAAGUUAAUUGCGGCAGCACAGUCAGGGUUCCCAGUACGGAUUGAGAGCAUUAAGAAUGAAUUACCUCUACCACGAUUUAUGGCGAUGAAAAAUGACACUGAAGUACGUUAUGGGACUCCAGCAGAAUUCCAUGGAGUUAAAUUUCAGGUUCCACAUGCAACUUUGGAAAAAAAUUCCUACAAAAGAACAGAUGAAGGGGACAAACAGGAACCCAAGUCUCCUCCGAUGUCUCCAGUUUGCUCACCUCCUGCUUCUCCAUCUACUUACCAGAGAAUACCCCUAAAUUAUGGAUAUGGUAAAGCAAGAAGUGGGAUGGAACAGCAGCAUGGAGCUCCUUAUGAAGUCAGGCACUCUACUCACCAGCAAGAUGGACCAUCUUCAGGGAAUUAUGGAGCCAAAUCUUCACUCACCUGUUCAACUCCUAAUCGGUCUCUUUCAGUGGAGCGGGAGCAGCAGGACAGCAGCACCCAGUACUCAGAUGACCCUUGGAGGAUAACAGAGGAGCAGCGAGAUUACUACAUUAACCAGUUCAGGUCCCUGCAGCCUGACCUCAAUGCCUUCAUUUCAGGUUCCGUAGCAAAGAAUUUCUUCACAAAAUCCAAGCUGCCCAUCCUGGAACUUUCUCACAUCUGGGAGCUGAGUGAUGUGGAUUGUGAUGGGGCGCUGACACUCCCGGAGUUCUGUGCCGCUUUCCACCUUGUGGUUGCAAGGAAGAAUGGUUACCAGCUGCCUGAGACACUGCCAGAGACACUGCUGCCCGAGUACCUUCAAGCAGCUUGUUUGAAGCCCAUACGUGACUGUGCACUGUUUGAUUCUUAUUCUGAGCCAUUGCCAAGCACUCAGCAGACUCGGGACUUCAGUCGGGCAGAGAAGUCAUCAGCUGAAGAGGUACCUGAUAACUCCACCCUAUUACAAGAUGGAAAGAAAGAUGACAAGCAAGCUCUUAAAGUAAGCACUACCCUCAAAACUAUACCAAAGGAAUUUCAGCACUUGACUGUGAAAGCAGCUGCUCAAGAACCUAAUGCAUUCAGAGCCAGACCACGAUCCAGGUCCUAUUCUAGCACAUCAAUAGAAGAUGCUAUGAAAAAGGGAGAAGAGCCCCCUACUCCACCUCCAAGGCCACAAAAAUCACAUUCCAGAGCUUCCUCUUUGGAUCUGAACAAAAUAUUUCAGCAAAACACACAAGCUGUGAGGUCUGGCUGGCUGCCCCCACCACCACCUGCACUACCCCCUCGACCUUCUGUAUCUCAGACAGAGCAACCAUCUGAGGUUGAAUUACAUUCUCAGAUGAACAGAGCCCCAUCGCAGGCAGAAGAAAACAGUUCAGCAAAAAAGGAGGUUGUUCUUGUUCAACCACCCUCCAAACCUGCGCGCAGGAAGCUCCGGACGGAGGCACAAGGGCUGGAGACCCCCGAGCUCUCUCCCACUAUAAAUGUGACUUCUUCCCUGCCAGCAGUCAAGCCUCACCUCCCAGUCCAAAAACAGUCUUCCAAGCAGAAAAGGGCUAUUCAGACCGCUAUACGAAAAAACAAAGAAGCCAAUGCUGUGCUCGCCAGGUUGAACAGUGAGCUCCAGUAGCAGCUGAAGGAGGUUCACAAGGAGCGCAUUGCCUUGGAAACGCAGCUGGAGCAGCUUCGUCCUGUCACCGUCUUGUGACUUCCCUCAUGGCCGUGCACGAGCAGGAGCAGGGCAGUGUCCAGCAGCCUUGCAAGGAGAGGAGUUCUGUGCAGCUGAGCAGGGUCUCUGCCAAGGCAGUGGGGAGUACUGGCCUUGCUGGUUCUCUCUUCACCCCAUUACACACAUUUUGCCUUUGCAGGUGAGGAAGGUACAGAAAAACAAAUACCUGACUAUGGAAUAUUUCUGAGUGGGGGAUGCUUUGCCUUCUUUCCUCCCCCUUCCCAGCCUAAUGUGUAAAUGCAGUUUAUCACUGAAAUGAAUAACCUGAGAGUGUUUUAUUUAUGUAAAGAAUUCCUGAUUUAUAUGUGUUUUGGCAGCACCUUGUGCCCUGAUCAUUAAGAGGUACAGCAUUCCUGAGUUCUUGCUUAAAUUGAAAACUCAUCCUCUGUGAUGGGCUUCUGGAUGUUACUGAUUCCUGUAGGAUUUUAUCAUUGCAGAGUACCUGUGGAUUUAACAUGUCACAGGAAUAGAACUUGCAAGGUGUACAGAAUCUUUAUCCUCAAUCACAUGUCAAAUAAUUAUUUUCUUAGUACUGUUUAUUAUGCAAUCACGGAUGUAUUUUAAUGUUAGAGAACUUGUAUUUUAUUAGUUCAAGUCACAUAAGAGAACAGUAAAAAAUACUAAAAUAUAAUUAUUUUGGAAAUUAGGAAAAAAAAAAUCUUUUUGAGCUACAGCUGUUUCUAAUCACCAGUAUCUGAGCACUUGCUUGCAUCUACCAGUGUCUCUGCAUUCUUUUAGCAUGUUUGAGAUGGCUGGUGUAUAGCUUUUUUCUUUCCUUUUUUUUCCUUUAACCAACAGUGUAUUUCUAACAAGAGGUUAAAAAUGCAUUCAGGGCAUUUUUAUAAAGGCUAUUCUAUGUACAUUUGUAUUAGUCUGCUUUGUUGUCUUAAUAGCUGCUGAUUUGUUUUAGGGAUGUGUACAAGAACUGUACUUCCAGAAGAGGGAAGAUAGCAGAACUGCUAUGUAUGAGGCUAUAAAAUGUGAGAUGGAAGUAAUUGCCUUUUACAGCAGGCUUUUGUUAAAGUUCCUUUGCACAUCAGUGGAGAUGCUACUGAUAGGAGAAAGCUGCUAAUGUCCAUCUGUUUUCUAAAGGAAGAAGCAAAUAUUAAUCUUUAACCUGCAUUUGAUCCGGGGCCAGCUGAAUCCCGUAGGGAGUUUCCCCUGGAUGCGGUGGUGGCUUUGGUCUCAGUUCUUACAGUGGAAGCUGUCUGAUGAAUGUUGCAGUAUUUCUUGGAGCAAUACUCUUGGAUUGGGUGACUUCAGACAUGUCAACCCUGCUCCCACCAUGGGUAUGGUGUGCUUCACUGCAAAGGGAUGUCACCUACCUGUUGUCCACCUUAAACAUGACCCUGGACAUGUCUCAUUGACCUGAUUUAAGUGCAUGUGGUUGCCUUGCAGAAAUGGUGCAGCAGUUUUGUCACCCUUGUGGGUGUGAUGCUUGCUCCCUGUGCCUGUAGGAUGGCCCUGGGGCUGAGAAGGAGAAGCAGGUUUGAAACAGCUGGGUAACCUCUCCUUGGGGUGUGUCGUGGAAUGGCUGCCGUGGCAUAUCAAAGGGCACCAGAGCAGCCAGAAGUUUUGUUGAGAGAUAAGAAAGGCAUCACUGGGAGUGUUUGAAGUGUUAAGGAGACAGUCUGCUUUGCUGAAAGGAAUGUGGAAGGGGAACAUGAAUCCAGAAGUCCACAGGUGAAAAUAAGCGUUGGCAGAAAUGUUACUGAAAGUCUCUUUUUGUAAUGCACUCGUUUUGAUUCGACUAAAGAUUGCUGUGUCAACAAGCAACAGCUGUUCUUCUGGAUUUGGGACUUCUCUUAUGUGGCUGUUGAAUAGCUGGGGUCAGAUGGUCAUUACUGGUCAGUGACAAAAUGUGAGGAAUGCAAGCUUUUCUGGGAAUCUGCAAAAGAGCCACUGCCCUCUUGCUAGUAGUGGUAUUGCUAAGAAUUUAUUAUCAUUUAUUUCACUUGUUCAUAAUACUACUGAGUCAUUCCUGAGAUUUAAUGAGGUUAAGUGCUCACCCUGUUUGCUUUUUAGUUCAUACAUUGUAAUUUGGAUAAUAAGACCUUGGUAUUUCAUAGGAAAUAAUCAUAUGGCACUCUUGUUUUUUGUUUUAUGGGUAAUUUUUUAAGGAAGGUGUUUAAACUACAACAAAGAAGUGUGUACAUUGCAUUUUUAAGGCAGUAGAGGACUUUUUCAUGUUUGAAAGGGGUUUCCUUUGAAAUAAUCUGCCAUUUAUGAGAGUUAUUCAUGGAAUAGACACUCUUCAAGGGAAGAGUGGAAGAGUCUGCUUUAUACUGUCUUUUUCAAAUGUCUCCCUUCUAAAAUCCAGGGGGUUUUUUUAAUUCACUGGAAAUUAUGAUACUUGCUUAGCCAACAAUGAAAUACUUGCUUGGCUAUUACUUUACCACUGAAUUAAUAAAUGAAAGUAUUUAACAAUCCCUGCAUUUUUAGCAUUGCAAUCAAAUACUCCACUCGGCUUCAAUGACCAGAAUGUGAGUUGAUUUGUAUUAUUUUUGGUGAAAUAUCAGCCAUGAUGAUGAUACACCACUUCACACAUCAGUAAAGUGAAAUAUUCAAGGAGAGGUGUUGAUGUGUUACACAUAUGAUGCAGGAGGUUACUCUUCUGUAUGUCUCAGUGGUUAAGCAUUUAUGAUAGCCCACACAAAAUGAGAAAACGUGUCUGUUCUUGGGAAGCUGUUAGCAUUUUGAGAAGAGGAGAGGGCAUCAUGAAGCUGUGGCAGUGCUUCUGUCAGUUGCUUCAUGCAGCCAUGCUUAUGGCUACUGUUAACAGUCCCUGGCUGGUCCAAAUUCACAUCUAAAUCCACUAUUACAAAUUUUCUUCAAAAUUACUUUUUCUUUAGAAAAAUGUGGAUAGAUCAAAAUCAUAAUUUCUUGCUGAAACCUUUACAUUCUCAGACUUUGGAUGGGAGUUGCUCCUACAUCCAAAACCAUUUGGUCAGAAAGGGAGACCUUACAGGCUUGGUGUUCAGAGUACUUUCCUGAGCUACAGGUGAGUGAUCAGCUUUAAGCCCCUGACAUCCCUGAUCCAGAACAGCAACUAAGGUUUGUCUGCCCCAGCUGCCAGCCUGCUGAAGGAGUGGAAUCACAUUCCCAUGCAUGACCUCUCACAUUCCUCAGUUUCUGGUUUCAGUAGGUACUUGGGCAGAGCACAACAUGCCCAGCAAGAGAGGUUAAGUGGGAACAGGAGCACGGCAUCCUUGCAUCUGAGAGGAGGUGCUGACCAUGAGCCUGGUGCCCCUUUUCAAGUUUUCAGUGGGCAAAUAAAUAUUUUUGUCUACAGAACGGGGCUAGGCAGAGCAGAUAAGGAUCUUCCUCAGUGUGUCAGUAAGUGUGCAUUCAGGUGUAUUCCAUUUGUUCAUGCAUUUCUUUAUGGGUCUGUUAACAUUCAUAUUACCUGAUACCUAUAUUUGUUUCAAGCUAUGGUAAUUCUGUGGUGAAAAAAGAAAAGCUAAGUGCUGUGACUGAUUGCCUUUGUAGAUAAGCCAUUUUUAUUUGAGCCUUUCAAAAUAAAUAAUGACCUGGUAAUUAAGCAAGGCAAACAGUUUCCAUUUCUGAGGCAUUCCUUUAUUAAACAAACUACCUGUGAACACACAUUAAUCCUAAAGGAUCAAUGUCCUUCUCCUAGUUAUUAAUAUUACACUAGGAUGCAGUGGAAACAUGACCAACUCUUUCCAGAAAGUCCUCAGUUCGCUCUUCUAGAGACUUUUGGUGAUGUAACAAAAGUGUGUUUAGUCAAGGCAGCUUUGUUACUGUUGAAUUGUUGGAUAUCCUGUUAAAGUCAAAAUAUUGUCUUCAGACUGCAUGGCAGUAGUUUUCCUGUUGGAAAUUCUGUAUCCACAUCAGGGAUAGGCAUUUGUUUGGCUAUCAUCCAGACAGUUCCAGCCUGAUGGAUGAUCAUAAGGUUGGAGCACCUCUCCUGUGAAGACAGGCUGAGUUCAGGUUGUUCAGCCUAGAGAAAAGAAGGCUCUGAGGAGACCUUAUAGCACCUUUCAGUACCUAAAGGUGCUGCAAGAGAGCUGGAGAGGGACUUUCUGUACGAGCAUGUCGUGACAGGACAAGGAGAAAUGGCUUCAAACUGCAAGAAGGCAAGUUUGGAUUAGAAAUAAGGAAGAAGCUCUUUACUGUGAAGGUGGUGAGACACUGCAAGACGUUGCCAGAGAAAUUGUGGCUGCCCAUCCCUUGAAGUGUCCAGGGCCAGGUUGGAUGGGGCUUUGAGCAACCUGAACAGUGAAAGGAGUCCCUGUCCACAGCAGGGGGGGUGGAACUAGAUGAUCUUCACGGUCACUUCCAAUCCAAACCAGUCUCUGAUUCUACAACACUGCCAAGGCUAGCCAGCAUAGGGUGAUUAGACUGUGCAUGGUAAAAUGACCACAGAUGGAUGGCUGGGAUUUGGAAACCUUCAUGGGAAGCACUUAGGAAGGGCAUUAUGUGAAAAUUGCCUGUUGGGGGGGUUGCCUGUUGCAUAGGUUGCUUUCCUCCCAGCUGAACUUCCAAAUCAAGAGGCAGAGAUCCGUAAAAGCUGCUAGCUGGGAAAGGAGGGAUGUCCAUUUUCAGUGCCAUCAGCCUUUCAGUCUCCAGCAUACACAGUCUUUGACAAGAAAACACAUGGGUUCAUGAAGCCACUUAUUUUAUUGGCUAAAGAGUAAAAUAUUUUUUUUCAGGAAAAGAAGUAAAUCUUAGUGAUUUAGUAUCUUUGAAAAGAGAUUAUGUAUUUUGAAGCUUUUUUCAGCUAUCUUGAUAUGUGCUAUGAAUAUAUGCAUUAUGUUUUACUCUGUUACAGAUUUUUUGAUACAAAAAAGUUGUAUUGCAAGCAUUAUGGUUGUUAAUCUAAAAAAAUGCCCCAAGGCUAUUAUAUAUUUGAAUUUUAACUUAUAAAUUAGAUAGCCAGAUUUAAGUAAUUUGUUUUCACAGCUGCAGACCGUCCCCAUGGUAAGCUGCGAAAUGUAUAGUGUUCUAUACUAUGCCCAUCUAAUUUUGGAAAAUGUAUGUGAUAUGAAGCUGGGUGCUACAUUAAAAUAAAAGCGUCCAAUGAGUUCAAA